GUGUACCGCCAGAUAGCACUACAAGCUGCACCCCCUAGGCGAGCCGGGAGCACCCGAUAGGCAGUAGGCACUAAGAUUUGCUGCGUCUAGACACAAGUCAAGUUCUGUUGUAUGUAAAAUCUUUGUACUGCCAGUAACAGAGUCCUGUUGUUUUGUUUGUGGUAAAACAAAUAGAAAAGGUGAAAGUGUUCGGGACUGUUUAAAUGAAUCGUGGAAACAUAGUCUGUGUUAACAAUGCCUUUUACUACGGUUUAAAAAGCGUUUCAGCGCGAGCAUAAAUUUUAUUACUAAAGCAAACAAAUGGAACUUGUGAAGUGUAGAUUGUGUACCUCUAAUGAAAAUUUAAUUGAAAUAUUCAGUGAGGAUGGACAUGCUCGCCGUCUCGCCCUCAAAAUCAACGAAUGCCUACCAGUCGUGGUGCAUCCAGGAGAUCGUCUUCCUAAGCUUAUAUGUGUGUCUUGCAGUAAUAAAGUGGAAGAAUUUUAUAACUUUUGGAGAGCAUGUGAAGAAGCCAAUUUGACCUUAGAUUCUGUAUGUAACUUGCAGGAAGAUCCAAAUCUUCAAUCUGAGCAGUCACCGAGAGUGAGUCAUCCUGCAGUUAUCGAAGGAUCUGAUGCUAAGACAGAUAAGGAAAAUGAAGAUCAACUGUGUGUGCCAGUUGAGCCAAAUGAUGUAAUGCAAGAACUGUGUGCACGAGCUGAAUCACCAGUUGAGCCUACGUUCAACAUUAAAGAGCCUCGCAUUGGAGAUUAUGUGUUAGUAAAGGAGGAAACAUUUGAACUAGCGAAGGACAAACAUUGCAAGGGUUCAAACAGUAAUGAGGAAAAGAUAAACCUCGAAUUCUCAGAACAUGAGGCUGAAACUGAUAAGGAUAUUUUUGAAGUUCAGCAGAAAAGGAAAGAGAAACUGCCACAGAUGUGGGAUGUUUUUGAAAAGCAUGGUUCAAAUUCUACGGUAACACAUCGGCGAUACAUAAUCAGCAAGGCAGCAUUUUCUUGUUCAUUGUGUGGCCAGUGUUACAAACUCGCAGAAGCAUUAUCUGGAGACACUACUGACAAUAAUGGAGCUGGUGUUGAGUUCCGAACAUUUGCUUGUAGUAUAUGUGGCAAAGUUUUUCCUCGCCGAGGUUCUCUAAAACGACAUCUGUCAUUGCAUGGAGAUGUAAAACCAUUUCCUUGCCAUUUAUGUGGCCGAGCCUUUAACAGAAAGGAACAUUUGUCGAGACACACUCUUUCUCACACAGGUGGGAGGCCUUAUAAUUGUGACAUCUGUUCGAAACCAUUUACAAGAAAAGAACAUUUGGCAAGGCAUCGAAACAUUACUCAUUUUUCAGAACUGCAUCCUAAUAAAAUUUUUGUGACUGCAGGGCCUUCAACUGAAAAUAUUAAGAAGGAAUCAGAAGACAGUAGGACAGACCAGCCUUACAAGUGCAAUUUCUGUGGACAGUGUUUUUCUGAAGAUGAGCACCUUAUCAAACAUCAGGAAAACGAACACUGGCAAGUGACAGCUAGUAGUAUGGAGACCAUCUUGCGACCUUACAUUUGUACUGUGUGUCAUAAGAGAUUUACUCGCAAAGAACAUUUAGUCAGACAUCAUAAGAUCCAUGAGAAGCAUUAUACUAGUGUUCAAAGAACAGAUUUGUCUGUAUCCUUAAUGAAAAACCGUACAUUUUGCAUCGACAUGCAGGGAAUGGAAGUCAGAGGCUCAAGCAGCUGUCCUCUGCCGAAAGUUGCAAGUAUUGACAUGGAAGACAUUUAGGCUAGUUUUCCCUAUUCUUCUCAACUAUCAUGAAUUAUGGACUGUUGCAUGGAGAGCACAUUCACUGAUUUUCUUUUAGAAUGAGUUAAAAAUUGCUGUUCAUUACAAAUUUCAUCUUUUUAAUAGCAUUUAAAUUAGAGCAAAGGUUCUGAUUGAUUGGAGGUUUUAGGUAGACAGAUUGAUUUGUGUGUUUGGAUAAUUGUCACAAUGCCUGUAGCCUAGCUUCAAGUACUGGUCUGGCAUACAGUUUUAAUUUGUCAUAAAAUUUUGUUAUUUUAAAACAGUUACCAGGUUAGAUAAUCAUACAUCAGUUUAAGAUUAUUAUAACAUUUUCCCACUGUCCUCUAUCAUGUCAUAAGCACUUGACCUUGUAUCCUGGACACUUUCCUUUCUCACAUAUACCUUAUACUUCUCACCUUAAUUACACUUUUCUCCCCCUCACCAUCACACAUUGCUUACUCAAUCCCUACCUCCCCCUCCUCCCUUGUUCCCUCCCCUUCCCCCCUCCUUCUUUCCUCUUCCCCCCUCCUCCUCUUCCCUCUCCCAUCUCGUUACAUUUCCUUCCCGCCUCCCUCUCUCCCCAUAAAAGAAGAGGAGGAUAUUAGUGUUUAACGUCCUGUCGACAACGAGGUCAUUAGAGACUGAGCGCAAGCUCGGGUGAGGGAAGGAUGGGGAAGGGAAUCGGCCGUGCCCUUUCAAAGGAACCAUCCCGGCAUUUGCCUGAAGCGAUUUAGGGAAAUCACAGAAAACCUAAAUCAGGAUGGCCGGAGACGGGAUUGAACCGUCGUCCUCCCGAAUGCGAGGCCAGUGUGCUAACCACUGCGCCACCUCGCUCGGUCUCUCUCCCCAUAGACCAUCUCUCAUUGGGAAGGACAAUGGGUCAAUAUGCCUCCGGCCAUCCAAAUUUAGGUUUUCUGUGUUCCCUAAAUCGCUCCAGGCAAAUGCUAAGAUGGUUCCUUUGAAAGGAUGCAGCCAAUUUCCUUCCCCAUCUUUGAAACAUUCAGGGUUUGUGCUCCAUCUUCAAUGACCUCUAUGUUGACUGCACAAUAAACACUAAUCUUCCUUCCUAUGACCCGUACUGACUCCCCCACUCCACUCUCUCUCUCCCUCUCCCUC